AGAAUGAGGCGAGUUAGGAGGCAACUAUAUGCUCAGUCAUCUGCACCAGGACAAGGAUUGUUAUGGCAAUGGGAAAAUGAUGAAGGUGGCUGGACGACCUAUGAAAUGACCAUUUCCAUUUUUAUAGAGGAUUGUCUUGCUGCAAAGCAUCAAAUAGUGGACUUGGGGCACUACGGUUACAACUACAUUGUGAAUUUCGCCAGCUUGUGUCAGAUAAAUAAAACUACUGGGUUCAGAAGACGAGUUCAAAGACUUUCUGAUGCACCCUAUCCAUCAGCUGUUUUUGGAUCGAUCCAUGGAAGUCAAAUCUGCUCUUGCAAUCAGUGUUUAGCUUAUACUGGCUCUGGACCUAUUUCAAAUCGUAGUCGAUACACUGUUUCCAACUUGGCAGGCCCUUCUACUCAGCUAAGUUCGAAUAGAUCAUCUCUAAUGAUGUCUCAUAACCAUGGAUACUCCCCUUACAUCAAGAGACCAGCGUCAGUAGGUCCUAUGUCUUUUGGAAGUCCCAGUCGGCCAGUUACUACAGCAGCUACUCCAGGUCAAUCUACAACCUAUAGCUCUCAGUUCACCAAUAGUUCAAG